AGGUCCCUUCUUAAUAUCUAUCAAAUUAUAAGCAGAGACAAUACUUUCUUGUGAGAGAAGCAAGCCUCAGAGUCCUGGGAAAACUGGAGGAGUCCUCACCAGAUACUGGGCACUGUGCCGGCUAUAUCACAAUUAACCCUCAUUCACAGCAGUCCCAUUAAGAAAGAACUAUUUUCCUCAUUUGACGGACAAGGACACUAAAGCACAAAGGUGAAGUGACUUGCCCAAGGACCCUUAGGAUAAUACUUGGGAUUCCACGUUUCAUCUCUAGCCCUGCUGGAGGAUGUGACUUGAGCAGGACAGGCUCUCAGAUCUCUGAAGAUCCUCUCCUUCCCAGAUUGGUCUGCAGGUGACUAUGGAGAGCAGAGGUCCACCAGCCACCUCAUACUGGCUGCUGUUGCUGCUGCUGCUGCUGUUGCUGUCACCACCUUACAUCCAUCAGGGAUGGGCCUUGGGACACAUUCUCUCCACCCAGAGGGCCCAAGACCCUCCUUCUAGGUACCUCAGCAGUGGCCCAGGACAAGGACCUGUUGCUGUCAUGACCUUUGACUUCACCAAGAUCACCAAAACCUCCUCCUCCUUUGAGUUUCGUGCCUGGGACCCAGAGGGAGUGAUUUUUUAUGGGGACACUGACACUGAAGAAGACUGGUUCAUGCUGGGACUUCGGGAUGGCAGGCUUGAGAUCCAACUGCACAAUCACUGGGGCCAGCUUACCGUGGGUGUGGGACCUCGGCUGGAUGAGGGAAAAUGGCACCAGCUGGUCCCUGCCCUGGAUGGCUGCGUGUGCCGGGAGUGCUGGCUGGGCCAGCAGACUCAGCCCUCAGCCUCUGUCUCCACUGGCCUCAGAAGCUGUAACGUGGAGUUGCAACCUGGGCUAUUUUUCCCUCCAGGGACACGGGCUGAAUUCAGUCUCCAAGACAUUCCCCAGCCUCACUCAGAGCCCUGGGCCUUCUCCCUGGACCUGGGACUCAAACUGGCAGCUGGAUCAGGUCACCUUCUUGGCCUUGGUGCACAACAGAACUCUUCCUGGCUCAGCCUUCACCUCCAAGAUCAACAGGUGGUACUGUCUUCUGGGGCAAGGCCAAGGCUAGAGCUGCCCAUGGCCUUGGGACUCCUUCUUCAGCUGAAGCUGGCUGCAUCCACAGUGGUCUUAAAGCAGGGGUCAAAGACGGAGGUCUUUGCUAUGCUUCCUGAGGACCUUGCCCCCGUCCUCAAGCUCUGGACCCAGUUGCAGGGCCGCCUCUUCCUGGGAGCUUUACCAGGAGAGGACUCUUCUGCCUCCUUUUGCUUGAAUGGCCUUUGGGUACAAGGACAGAAGCUGGACAUGGAUUGGGCCCUGAGCAGAAGCUAGGAUAUCUGGACUCAUAGCUGCCCCUAGAGCUCAAGCAAUGACACUGAUAUCUUCAAUUAAAACCCUUUUGAAUAUGAUUCAUUCAUUUAUUCAGCAGGUAUUUACUGUGUGCCAGCAAUGGGCCAGGCCCUGUGCUAAGCACUGAGAUUUGUUGAAGAACAAAGAAAACAACCCUCUUGGUGCUUACAGACACCUGGGAAAUGAAGGUUUGUCUGACAAAUAGGUGGCUAAUUGAAAACUGAUACAUUCUAUAAAAGAACAAUCAGAAAGUUGUGAAAGUUUGGAGACUAGGAGGCCAUAACCCAAUCUGAGAGUCAAGAAGGAAUUCCUUCAGGAGGUAAUAAUUUAGGCUGAGGUCCAGGCAGCACCCACAAACACAUACUGAUACAGAUACACCUUCUGAAAGCCAGAAUCCCAUCGUCUCCAGAAUCUAUGCCCUUUCAGAUUCCAACCUUCUGUCUCCCAGAUCAAGAUGAAAUUUUGUUGUCUGUCAUUCUGGCCUUGGAUUGGCCACUGCUGCCCAGGGAAGGUUCAGCAGGGGGAGUAAGAGAGUUACAGAAGAUGGGGCAGGGUUUGAGAAAAGGGGUAGAGGCUGGGAGAAAGAAAAAAAGGGGAAGUGAGAGUGCAGCUUGGUGGU